AUGGAGCUUGAAUACCAACUGAAUAGAAGGGUUGCCAUGUGUCGUAAAGUAACUGUGCAAUGUGAGCGCUUUGAAGAUGGAAUGAACCACUGUUCAGAACAGCUGACAUCUAUUGAGGAAGAAUUUAAAUCAACAGAAGAGAAGUUGAAAGUGGAUUUUGCGAACGAUAAAAGUCUCUUGGAAGAAAAGUUCGCAGAAAGCAUCAACGAAAUGUCUUCAAAUUACAAUCAUGAAUUAAUGGAGCUGGAGAAGAUAACAGCCAAAGAUGAGUUAGAAGUGGAAAUGAAUAGGUUGAGAAAGGAUCUGAUAGAUUUAUUGGAAGACUGUGACACACUGAAACUUUCAAAUGAGAAGGCAGUUGCCCAAAAGGGGAAAACUCUUGCUGAGGAGUUUGAACAACAUAAGCUGGAAAAAAAUUCUAGCUUGGAAUUAUUGAUUACAAAUUACAAACAGAGUAUGGAUGAAAAGAUCAGUUUGCUCAACGAUACAGCACAAUUGCGUCAACAAAAUUCUGAAAUGGAGAAAAGACUAAACGAUCUAGAGAAAGAAAUUGCCCAAAUUACCAGUGAGAUUGAUAAAGCAGUUAGUGAGAAGGAGGCAAUCGAGAAUGAGAAAUUGAAUAUUGAAAAAAAUAUUGAGGAGGAGACUGAUAAAAUGAACAAAUUGAUCUUAUUUACCAAAGAGAACGAGGGAAAGUACAAUGACUGGUAUAACACGGUUGAGUAUGAAUUAUCGAAAAGGAAAAAGCUGGAGAAUUCCAUAGAUGAACUAAAGGGUAAAGUACGCUGCUUUGGUUAUAUAAGCGGAGAAGUACAAGAUAAAUUGAGCAUAGACUACAUUGAAGGAACAAUUGUACACAAUACCACCCCCGAAGAAAACCGUUCCUUCCACUUUACUAGAAUUCUACCUUCCAAUGCAUUACCUCUGCCACAACUACUGUUUAGAGAGUACAAACCAUUCCAUGACUUAUGCCUUUCAGAGGCCCAAGACUUUAACUUAUUCACUGUGUCCAACGGUCCAUGGUCCGAACUACAAUUCCAUUUCAUGGAAUUCUUGAAGCAUGAAUAUUGUGACAAUUUCGAAAUAACCGUUCAAAACGUGUUUCUUUCUGACGAAAAAAUCUCGAAGGAUCUUUUGAUCCCGAGGGAUAGCUCGAGUAAAUCCUGCAUUACCGUGCAGAUCGAAUCUAACUUGCUAAUAUUGAAUACUAGAGAGCUAUCCCUAAAAGACUAUCUAUCCUUCAUGAACUCUGAAAAGAAUAAAACACCGUACAAUGUCAAGAAUGGGAUCAAUCUGUACAAACUCAAAUUUCAGUCGAGGGAGGACCCCUCAGCGAAGACCGUGAAUUUCCAUUUGGUGCAGUUCGAGGAUCUGACUCUAUUAAGUGUACUACAAGAGCACCUCAUUUCCCCAAGAUUUGUAUCCAAGACGAGCCAUAUAGGCCUGCUAAUCACCAAACUUCUUCAUCACUUGAAGUCUUGCUUUUUUUUCAAUCUCGACGAUUGCAUGGACGACGGCCACUUACUUCCGACAUUGAAUUUUGCCUCUGAUAUAGGCAAAAUCCCUAAUCCGAAAAAACCUGAGCCAACGUCAAAGACGUCAAGCAUGCGGUAG